AUAAUGUUGACCUUAAUUUAACAAUUGACAAAAAAAGUAUAUUGUAUACUUAAAUUUGAUUGAGAAGAAAAGGAGUCAUUAUAGCCAAGUCAAAAGUAAUAUGUAGAUACGACCUUCACUAGACUCGCCACUUUAGACUCGGCAGAGUUUCCCACACUUUCCUCUCCCAAACCCAUCACGACUCAAGUCUGCAACACUUAGAAAUAUAAAUCUCAUUUCUCAACAUUUGAAAACCCAUAUUUUUCAUUUUCCCAAAUCACCGGAACCCAUGGCUGCCGGCGGCGGCGGCGGCGGCGCGAACCGAUCUCUGCAAGAAACCCCCACUUGGGCUCUUGCAACCGUUUGUUUCAUCUUCAUCUUCCUCGGCAUUUUUAUCGAGCAUUUGAUUAACCUAGCCGGCCAUUGGUUCAAGAAACAUAGGAAGGCUGCUCUUUAUGAAGCUAUCGAGAAGCUUAAGACAGUUUUGAUGCAGUUGGGAUUCAUGUCACUGAUAUUAACAGUGACACAAAGAUCUAUUUCCAAAAUAUGCAUAGCAAAUGAAGCUGCAGAUUAUAUGCUUCCAUGCCGCCGCCAGUCACAAACAAAGACAACACAACAUCUAAAUAAAUCACAAUUCCAACCUCAUCAUCAAAGAUUGUUGCUAGCUGCAGCUUCUGCACCUUCAAAUUCUUCUGAUUAUUGCGAAUCCAAGGGGAAGACUUCAGUGAUGUCAGUAGAGGGUAUGAAUCAGCUCAACAUUUUCAUAUUUGUGCUAGCAGCUAUGCAGAUUGUGUAUAGUUUGGCAACUAUGGGAUUAGGAAGGGCUAAGAUGAAGAAGUGGAAAAGUUGGGAAAAAGAGACUCAAACUAUAGACUACAUGACAGCAAAUGAUCCAGAAAGAUUUAGAUAUACAAGACAAACCACGUUCGGACGUCGACAUAUUGCUACAAAUUCUUCUCACCUUUGGAUUAAAUGUUUUUUCCGGCAAUUCUUCAAGUCUGUGGCAAAAGUCGACUAUUUCACUCUGCGACAUGGAUUUAUUUCGGCUCAUUUAUCAACAAAUAAUUCCUUCAAUUUUCGGAAAUAUAUUCAACGAUCUUUGGAAGACGAUUUCAAAGCUGUUGUCGGCAUAAACCCAAUCAUGUGGUUCGUGGUGGUUAUAUUCUUGUUGGUCGAUGUACAUGGAUGGAACGUCUACCUUUGGGUCUCAUUUAUACCUCUACUCAUAGUUCUGUUCGUGGGAACAAAAUUGGAAAUAAUAGUGGAUAAAAUGGCAAUGCAAUUAGCAAAUAAUAGCGCAGUGAUUAAGGGAACUCCAUUGGUGCAGCCAGACAGCAAUCUCUUCUGGUUCAAACGCCCCCAACUCGUCUUGACGCUUCUUCAUUUUACUCUCUUCAUGAACGCAUUUGAGUUGUCCUUCUUCAUAUGGGUUACGUGGCAAUUUGGGAUAAAUUCCUGCUACCACGAAAAUGUCGAGAUCUUUGUUAUCAGGGUUGUAUUAGCGAUUACAGUACAAGUUCUUUGCAGUUACAUCACUCUCCCCCUCUAUGCCCUUGUUACUCAGAUGGGGUCUAAAUAUAAGAGUGCAAUACUAGAGGAACACACAAUCCAUGCAUUAAAACAAUGGCAUGAAAACGUGAAGCACAAGAGAAAGAUUAAUGAUCAGUCGCCGCCUCCCACCAUUCAAGGCGAUUCCACGGCGGCGCCGGCGACGCGGCGGAGCAACAGCGGCACAAGUACUUCCUCCACGUCCCAUCGGCGGCCGCCCACUUUUAGGGAUAUUGCUUCUGAUGAUGAAGAUGAGAUCGUUGAAAUCCAAAUACAAAAUCAAAUCCAAAAUGAACAUGAUUUUGAUCAAAUUAAGAGUUUAGCCACAUAAUUUGCAUAACUAAUUAAUUUGGUAGUGACUUAGCUGCAAUUUUUAUAAUUAGUUACAUAUACACAUAUGAGGACUACCGAUCGAUCAUCUAUAGAAUUUAUUUCUAAUUUUUUU